AUGAAAGUAUCACCCGUUAUACAAUUUAGUAAGACUUCCAUUAGCGCUCUUACCAGGCCUUGGAAAAAAUACAGAGAUGGAGAAUUAUUUUAUGGGUUAUCAAAAGUAGGGAAUAAAAGAGUGCCGUUGACCACGAAGCAAGGUAACAAGACUAUGUACAAGGGAACAAGGGCUUCAGGUAUUGGUAGACACACGAAAUUCGGUGGUUACGUGAUAAACUGGAAAAAAGUCAGAACUUAUGUAACCCCGGAAAUAGUUAAUUUUGAGCUAAAGCCCUAUGUUAACGCCAACGUACCACCUCUUAAACACGAAUUCAAAGGAUUCAAUGGCGGUCCGUUAGACCCUAACCUACAGUUAUUAAAGUUAAAGGAAUACAUAAUAAAUGGUAAAGUACAAAGCCAAGGGGCCACUGACACUUCAUGUUAUAAGGAGCGUGGUUAA